ACACCACUCUCCUUAUGUUUAAACACUAACAAUUUAUGAGUUUCACACAAACGACGUUGCUUAAGUCUUAAGUGCUUACCACUUUUGCAAAUCUUCAAAGUUAUAUACGCUCUCGGUUAUGUAGUAGAGAUAUAGGCAUUUACUGAGAUUUUCAAGAUUCGCAUCUCUUUGAAAGCACUAUGUAUUCGAAUCACAGUUGUUCAACACCGUUCUUAGUUAAGGACAUCUUGACUUGGACCGAACAGCAGCAGCAAGCGGCGCAUUAUGGAAUGGAUUUUAAUAGUUUCCAUAUGAACAAUGGAGGUUACUAUGGAUACGAGAGCUCGCGACUCGCAGACCAGAUCGGACAACCGAUGUCGCCUAUGAUGGGAGGGGGCAGUGCGGCACCCCCGGGAAACCUCGGCGGAAAUUCGUGUCUCUAUAGCAAUAACGUCAAUACGUCACCUUCCAUGCAGCCGACGUACACGAAUCUCACGUGCAGCCCCAAUGUGUCCACAAUGUCGUCACUGACGUCCGGAAUGCACGCCUCCUCGGGAAUGCAUCUACCCACGCACAUCGCCUCCAUGUCGCCCAAACACGAAGGGUACGACUCCCGCACCGGGAUCCCCACCCCCGGGUCCGAUCAUGAGGAUAUCCACGGGCCGUCCCACCCCAUGUCCCAUGGGCAGUCCUCUCAGGGAAUGGACGACGGGACGGGGAUGAGUUCCAACCAACAGCCAAACCUUCAACCACCUCAUUUAAUUAAAGAGGAAACAUCGGACGAGCAUUUGCUCGAUAAAGAUUCUCAAGACGGGGCAGACCACGACGACGACGAGUCAGAGAAGUCGGAGGCUUCGAGCGGCGUUAAGAAGGAGCCCAAUUCCGGAGGCGAUAACCAGAUGAAGUCGCGGCAGCGCCGGAAGCCGCGAGUCCUGUUCUCGCAACAACAGGUGUACGAACUCGAGCGCCGUUUUAAGCAACAGCGCUACCUGUCGGCCCCUGAACGCGAACAGCUCGCCAACAUGCUCAAACUCACCUCUACCCAGGUCAAAAUCUGGUUCCAAAACCGCCGCUAUAAGUGCAAGCGUCAAAAGCUUGACCGAAACUUGGAGUUGUCCACAAUGUCUGUUCCACGGCGCGCGCCCGUCACAGUGACUGUUAGAGACGGGAAACCGUGUAUGCUAGGUACCAGCAUGCCCCCAUCAUACGCGGGCGCGCCUUAUAACGUGAACAUGUUCCCCGGCUACUCUAACUCCUACGCGCCCUCAUAUAACAGUGUUAAUAUGGGCUCGCUUCCGGGGGUCAACCAGAUAUCGCCCCAGGGUGGGGGUUACGUCCAGCAGCCUAUGCACCAAGCAGGAAUCCGGGCCUGGUGACAAUGAAAGAAAUGACUUAUUUUUAAGUCAAUAAACUUAAAGUCAUUUUAAGAUAUGCGAUGUAACCAAUCAUCCAAAUCCUCCAUUACAAUUGAAUUGGUUCUAGUGCACAUUGCUAUGCUAGUCAAAUGGUAAACCGAGCUGUAGGUGUGGAUGAAUUUUUUAUCGUCGGCGCCAAGAUUGAUUAUUAAACUAUGGAGUGUGUACAGGAACCCGGGUGCAAUAAAUUUAUGUGCCAAUGAUUUCUAGUCCCUAAUUAUAUCUAUAAUAUUGUAACAUUUAUUUUUAAACGCGUUUUUCUUUGAUAAGAUUUAAACGCAGCCGAACGUUUCUACUCUGUACAUGUUUGCUUUUUUAUAUUAUCUUUACCAAUAUAUAAAAAUAAAUUAUAUAUUGAUGUUGAUAUUCAGUGUAUGUUAUGGAAAAAGUAAAUAAACACGUUUUUUAAAUGUUGCAGAAAUACAAUUUAUAGCGCAGAAAUACAGUAUAAAUAUAUGCGUUUUAAUAUAAAAUGAAUAGUUUUCCUUAAACAAGAUGAAAAUAAAGAUAAUACGUACAUGUAUAUUCUUUUUGUUUAUGGUUGAGAAUUCACAUUCAGUUUGAUUCAUGCCCAUAUUCCAUAUGUUUUGGAAUGCUUGUUAGAAAAAAAGAGGGUAAACAAUUAAUAUGGUUGUUCAUUACACAUCAAACGCAGGUAGCAACAGUUUAAAUGUAUACAUUAUUAUCUUAAAUUAUUUCUACGCUGCUCAAAGUUUCAAAAUGUAAAAUGGUAAACUUUUUUUCAGUCUAUAUUAAUCUACUAUAUCGAUUUUAUUAUUGAUCAGGAUGUUGAGUUUCUGUAAUUUAUAUUAAUGGACAUUUCGCAAAUAUUCGGAUGUAUUUGCGUUAUUAUUGUGCUAUUUAAUUAAUAUUUGUCCUUGUAGAUUUUUUCUUUCCUGACUCCGCUCUUGAAUUUUGAGACUUUAAAGGCCUAAGUACACAUGUACAUUGUUUUGAAACUAUUGUUUCUGAAUUUUUUGGUUUAUCGCAAUAAUGACUUAAUGUUUUUUGUUUAUAUUUUAUAACAAUCUAAGUGGAUAAUUACAUAAUGUAAUCAUUUUAUUUGCUUUCUAACAUUUAACAACUAUUAAUUUAUUGAAUAAAUAAAAUAUCACGUUCUUUUGGGUAUAGUUUUGUUAUGUUCUUUUCAAAGCUAUCCUAGUAAAAAGUUCUUUAACUGCUGUUUGAAACAAUAUUUUUAUUUUGUCAACGCUUGAACACACUGACUUAUUUGUAAUUAAUUACUUAUGACUUUAUUUGAGAUUUGAGUUGAUGUUUAAGUGUUAAAUGACCUGUGGAAGUUUAAAGAAUUUUUUUAUUUUUAAAACGAUUACUAUGUGAUUCAAAUCUUUGACCAUGGGAUAAAGGAUUUUUACCACUCGGUCAUUCUUUGUUUAUUAAUUUUACCUAGAAGUUAACCCAUUUAUGCCUAGCGUCUAGAAAAAGGCCUUGGCAAACAGCGUAGACCCAGAUGAGACGCCGCAUGAUGCGGCGUCUCAUCAGGGUCUGCGCUGUUUGCUUAAAGGAAUUUCUGUAGGAAAUAUUCUAAAUAAAGCAAUACAUAUACUAGACAAACCCUAAUUUUGGAAAUCAAUUGAUCCAAUUUAGAAGGAUGGGAGAGUCCACUAGGCAUAAAUGGGUUAAAGAUCCGCGUGUUCUUUAUGAAACACAAGACACACUCAACAUAAUACAAUGUACCAUGGUUGAACACUUUAUCAUUUAAAUAUUUCAAUAAUGUCAAUUUAUGUUGGGGCUUUAUAUUUUUGGGAUAUGCUAUAUUGCUAAAAUGUUGUUUGUGUUGUUGUUUAUUAGCAAUUUAAGAACCGACAUUUACUUUGUUAUAUUUUUGUAAUUUUAUUGCUAGAGUGCAAUGUCUCUCCUAUAUGUGCAUACUCAUUAUGUUUUUAGGAAUCUGUCAGUCAUCAAUCUGUAAACAGGCCCCUUGAUGUAACAAAGAUCGAACGAUUGUUUCCAUAAUUUGGAUGUUUUGAUAACGUUCAAAGUACGAGUAUGACGGACAUAUUUUGAUGUAUGUUAUUGAUUUUUGUAUGCAAUGCUGUGCCUAAAUAUUAUAUCAUUUUCCAUUCGUUAGAUUGUCUGUUUAUAUGGCAAAUUGUUGUAUAUUUUGUGCAAAUGUAUAUACUUUACUUAAAAAUGAUUUUAUGACGUUUAUUUUACAAUUAUAUAUGCAAUAAAGUUAUUUCCAAAUAAAA